UUCCCUGCAGAGUGGAGUCAGUAGUACCAUGCAGUGCUGAACUGAGCCGAACCGAGCGAAGUGGAUCUGAACUGAAGUCCUCAUUGCAUUUCGUAGCAUCGCGUCUCAGAUGGAGCUGAAGGUGUGGGUGGACGGAGUUGUGCGCGUGGUCUGUGGCCUAUCAGAGGAGACUUCCUGCCAGGAUGUGGUCAUCGCACUGGCUCAGGCCAUUGGUCAGUAUCUCAGUCCCUCUUCCUCUCUGGGGUGCGAGUUCUUUCCCUCUAAACCCUAAGGCACUUUAGAUCUAAAAUAAUUGGAUAGGCAUCAGCAAUAUGGUGAAAAUCCCACUGAUCAGAGGUCAAGGUGGAACCACUGUGUUAGAUUUAUUUAUUUCCACCUAUCCUUCCUUUCUGACCUCAAUGAAGUGCCAAGGGGGAAGGGCGCUAGGGGUCGACUUGGUAUAGAGCAAGCUUCUGUCACCACACCCUCAGGCUGUAUUGAAGCCACUUACUGCAGUGCCAAAAAACGAAACCCCAUAUUUAGCAGCUUCCCUUUCCUCUGUGUGUGUGAGCGGCUGCCAGGUCAUUAGGGAGAGCUUGUCCUCAUUUCAGUCCUCAUGGAGAUUUCAGUUUGUUUGAACAUGUUUAUAAGUUGUAUAAGACUUAUACAACCGUCUUCUGCUCAUAUUUUUCAUUGCUGAGAGAAAAGAGAGUUGCGUGAAGGACUGCAGAACUAGAGUUUAGUCUUGUAUAGACAUUAGCCAUAGCCCAUAGCCAGAGAGAGGGCAAUGAGCUGUUAAUGAUACCCCCGUGAUUUGAUGUUGUGUUUCAGUUUUCUGACUACUCUUCCUGCCACAGGUCAGACGGGUCGCUACGUGCUGAUCCAGAGACUGAGAGAUUCAGAGAGGCAGCUGUUAGCCAAUGAAAGGCCCCUGGAGUCCUUGGCCAAGCUGGGCCAGCACAGCAACGACGUCCAGUUCUUCCUGCGCCGCACCGGCCCCAGCAGCAGCGAUGGACCAGGGUCUGGCUCUGGCUCCACCCAGGACCGUGUCGCCCCUCUUCCUCUGCCCAAACACCCCGAACCAGAGCCCCUCAAAUGCACCCAGCCCAAGAAGUCCCUCACCUUUAACCUGGGGCCCUCCACGUCCCCCAGAACCAAAGCCAAGCAGCUCAUCAGGAAGUCUCCCCGCGACUCCCCCAAAGAGAGGGCCUCACCAAGCCCCAUUCCUCCCCACCAUGCUCCUUCCCCCUCCCCACACACCCACUCCCCCUCUCCCUCUCCCUCCCCUCACUCUCCCUCUCCCUCCCCUCCUGUGGGCCCGUCCAAAGAGGAGGUCUUCCGGCAGAUUCUUCAGCAGCAGGAGAGGCUGAGGGCCAUUGAGGCCCAGCUGGAGGCCAUGGAGAGAGACUCUCGGUCCUGGAACAGGGCCUCCCCGGCCGCCUCUCCUUCCCCUGUCCCAGAGGCUUGCCUCCAGGAGGAAAUGGAGGCUCUGGAACAGGCAGCCAGGAGGAACCAGGCCGAGCUGGCCCACGAGACGUUCUGGCAGGAAGAGCUGCAGGCGGAGGUGGAGAGGGAGAGGGGGAUGAGGAGGAGGCUGGGGGAGCUCCAUGCCAAGAUGGACGACUGCGGCCGGCGACUCCACGACUUCUCGUCUCGCUCCGCCCAGCUGGAGCAGGAGAUCAAACGGGAGAGCCUGGGGGGCGGCGCCCAUGCUGGGAGGGCCAAUCAGGCGGGGGGUGAGGAGUCGCUAGGGGUGAUGAGGGCGGAGCUACAGAGCCAGGGGAGGCACAGCGAGGAGCUGGAGGGGGAGUUAUCGGAGACGGACAGGGCUAUGGGGAAGGCCGAGUCACUGCUACAGGUAAGGAGAGAGGGCAGGGCCCUGGAGAGAGGGGUGUAACUCACACUCUCCUUCACCCACACUCCUAUCCAGUACCCAUGAGAAGGUUGUAGCUCAGUGGUUCACAAAUGGUGGGUCAGUUGUGUGGGACAAACUAAUUCAGACCUGGGAAACCAAGUAAGCCAAUCAAUGACAUUAAUCAAUCAAUUUGUAUUUUUGUAUUUGUAUUUAUUAUGGAUCCCCAUUAGAUGCUGCCAAGGCAGCAGCUACUCUUCCUGUGGUCCAGCAAAAUUAAGGCAGUUCAUACAAAUUUUAAAAACAUUACAAUACAUUCACAGAUUUUACAACACACUGUGUGCCCUCAGGCCCCUACUCCACCACUACCACAUAUCUACAGUACACAAAUCCAUGUGUACGUGUGUGUAUAGUGCGUAUGUUAUCGUGUGUGUGUAUGCAUGUGUCUGCGCCUAUGUUUAAUGGUAGUCCGCAGCUUAAUUAUCCUUGAUCAAGGCAAAACAUGUUAUCAUAAGAACAUUUGAAACACUUAAUCAAAACAUUUUGCCAACCACUGGUGUAGCUACUACCCUCUCUCACCCAAUCUUGCCAGCACACUGCAGCAAACACACACACAUACACUCAUCAGUGCAAGGACACUCAACAAAUAAAUAUGGUCUCUGUCUCCCAUGGUGAUGGGAAAACCUAUAUUUAUCGGGAAAAAAACAUGCUCACCAUUUACACAAUGUUUUGUACUUAAAUCAAACGUGUAUCUAAAUGUAUGAAUGUUUGCUAUGAAUUGCAAUGGGACCCCUUUUGGGUGUCUGAUGAACUGGCUUGACUGGUAUGAUUGGCUGUGACAGCUUAGUUCUCAUCUGGACUGAUUAGAUACACUCCCCCAUAUCUGUACUCUCAUUUGUAUCACAUUGACAGUACCUCUACUUCCUUAUAUUCUUGUAUCUGAAAUGGAGAAAAAUAUAAAAACAGAAUAAAGGUCAUUAAUCCAUUGCACAAGUGCAUUUUCUUUGCUUAACUUUGACACAAGCAGGUCUGUCAGUGGUUGCUACUAGUUGGAGACAGUGAUGUUGUUGUUGUAUGUAGCUAAUGUUAUUCUAAUGUAUUUCAUAUGUGUUUCAUAUGGGUUGAGUGCAUUUGCUACAUCCCACAUUAAGACGGGGCCAUAGGUGCUCUUAGACCAUUGCAACCCAUCUCAUGGUGAUCCAUAAGUAAAGGCUGUGCUACAGGCAUGCUAUGAAACAGUUUAUAAGACCAUGAAAAGCUCAUUCGGUAUCAGCUUGUCAUCUGAGUUGGAGUGGGACUUGGUGAUUAAGUCUGUUGGCUAUAUACAGUGCCUUGCAAAAGGAUUCAUCCCCCUUGGCGUUUUUCCUAUUUUGUUGCAUUACAACCUGUAAUUUAAAUUGAUUUUUAUUUGGAUUUCAUGUAAUGGACAUAAACAAAAUUGGUGAAGUGAAAUGAAAAAAAUAACUUGUUGUGCGUGCAUAUGUAUUCACCCCCUUUGCUAUGAAGCCCCUAAAUAAGAUCUGGUGCAACCAAUUACCUUCAGAAGUCACAUAAUUAGUUAAAUAAAGUCCACCUGUGUGCAAUCUAAGUGCCACAUGAUCUCAGUAUAUAUACACCUGUUCUGAAAGGCCCCAGAGUCUGCAACACCACUAAGCAAGGGGCACCACCAAGCAAGCGGCACCAUGAAGACCAAGGAGCUCUCCAAACAGGUCAGGACAAAGUUGUGGAGAAGUACAGAUCAGGGUUGGGUUAUAAAAAAUAUCAGAAACUUUGAACAUCCCACAGAGCACCAUUAAAUCCAUUAUUAAAAAAAUGAAAUAAUAUGGCACCACAACAAACCUGCCAAGAGAGGGCUGCCCACCAAAACUCAUAGACCAGGCAAGGAGGGCAUUAAUCAGAGAGGCAACAAAGAGACCAAAGAUAACCCUGAAGGAGCUGCAAAGCUCCACAGCAGAGAUAGGAGUAUCUGUCCAUAGGACCACUUUAAGCCGUACACUCCACAGAGCUGGGCUUUACGGAAGAGUGGCCAGAAAAAAGCCAUUGCUUAAAGAAAAAAAUAAGCAAACAUGUUUGGUGUUCACCAAAAGGCAUGUGGGAGACUCCCCAAACAUAUGGAAGAUGGUACUCUGGUCAGAUGAGACUAAAAUUGAGCUUUUUGGCCAUCAAGGAAAAUGCAAACCCAACACCUCUCAUCACUCCGAGAACACCAUCCCCACUGUGAAGCAUGGUGGUGGCAGCAUCAUGCUGUGGGGAUGUUUUUCAUCGGCAGGGACUGGGAAACUGGUCAGAAUUGAAGGAAUGAUGGAUGGUGCUAAAUACAGGGAAAUUCUUGAGUUAAACCUGUUUCACUCUUCCAGAGAUUUGAGACUGGGACGGAGGUUCACCUUCCAGCAAGACAAUGACCCUAAGCAUACUGCUAAAGCAACACUCGAGUGGUUUAAGGGGAAAAAUUUAAAUGUCUUGGAAUGGCCUAAUCAAAGCCCAGACCUCAAUCCAAUUGAGAAUCUGUGGUAUGACUUAAAGAUUGCUGUACACCAGCGAAACCCAUCCAACUUGAAGGAGCUGGAGCAGUUUUGCCUUGAAGAAUGGGCAAAAAUCCCAGUGGCUAGAUGUGCCAAGAGACAUAAGGUGCUCUUCAAAAGGUGGCUCUACAAAGUAUUGACUUUGGGGGGGUGAAAAGUUAUGCAAGCUCAAGUUUUCUGUUUUUUUGUCUUAUUUGUUGUUUGUUUCACAAAAAGUGGUAGGCAUGUUGUGUAAAUCAAAUGAUACAAACCCCCCAAAAAUCAAUUUUAAUUCCAGAUUGUAAGGCAACAAAAUAGGAAAAAUGCCAAGGGGGUGAAUACUUUCGCAAGCCACUGUAGUCGUAACUGACCCUUAUUUAGUCAGUCACAAUAUGGCCUUAUAUAAAUGGUCCUCCAAGGAGGAAGGACCCGCUUGCUGCCUGGUACAGGACCAUAGCUUGCUGUCUGGUACAGGACCAUAGCUUGCUGCCUGGUACAGGACCAUAGCUUGCUGCCUGGUACAGUUUCUCUAGAGAUAAAUCAGAUCAAGCCUGAACUGUGCGAUGUAGUAGGGAGUUAUGCUACAUAGUUUAGCGCAGAAAAUGUGGUAAUUAACUACAAUGACCAUAAUCCAUUGCGCGCCUACCGCUCUGAGACGGAGAGAAGAGUGAGAAGAACGUGCGAUCAAGAGGGAUAGAGAGCAGUUGCUUCGUGAGGUACCUCUACCUGAAAAUACAUUAUCUAAGAUUGAUAGUUGGUAUUCAGCAGUCAUAAAAGUAUGCCUUAUUUACUUUGAAGAACUACUAAAAUAGUGAUUUUGUCCGACUGCAUAGGUAGCAGCUCUAUAGAGAUGAGAUGAUUUGGAAUUAAAUAAUGAAGCCAUCAAAUAGGCCUAAAACAAAUGUAAUACACACGACAACUGAAAUAUAUUUUUUAAGUAAUGUGAAUACAUUAUGGUUAAUAAGUGAUAAGAAGUAAUGGGUAGUCACUACCAUCAUGGGACUUAUUAUUCAUUGUUUUAUUCUGUGUUACAGCAUUCAACCCACAUAGUACAUUUAAUGUCUAAAAAGAUUAUCAAACUAAAACCGAACCGACCUCAAAAAGCACUAAUCUCUCAGUACUCCUUGCUGGUCCACCUAUGGUACAGGAGCUUAGCUUGCUGGUCCACCUAUGGUACAAGAGCUUAGCUUGCUGGUCCACCUAUGGUACAGAGCCAUAGCUUGCUGGUCCUCCUCUAAUACAGCGCCAUAGCUUGCUGGUCCACCGAUGGUACAGGACCAUAGCUUUCUGGUACAGGACCAAAGCUUGCUGGUCCUCUUCUGGUACAGGACCAUAGCUUGCUGGUACACCUCUUGUACAGGACCAUACACUACAUUAUCAAAAUUAUGUGGAAACCUGCUUGUCGAACAUCUCAUUUCAAAGUCAUGGGCAUUAAUAUGGAGUUGGUCCCCCUUUUGCUGCUAUAACAGCCUCCACUCUUCUGGGAAGGCUUUCCACUAGAUGUUGGAACAUUGCUGCGGGGACUUGCUUCCAUUCAGCCACAAGAGCAUUGGUGAGCUUGCAGUCGGCGUUCCAAUUCAUCCCAAAGGUGUUUGAUGGGGUUGAGGUCAGGUCUGUGUGCAGGCCAGUCAAGUUCUUCCACACCGAUCUCGAGAAACCAUUUUAGUAUGGACCUCGCUUUGUGCACAGGGGCAUUGUCAUGAUGAAACAGGAAAGGGCCUUCCCAAAACUGUUGCCACAAAGUUGGAAGCACAGAAUCGUCUAGAAUGUAAUUGUAUGCUGUAGCGUUAAGAUUUCCCUUCACUGUAACUAAGGGGCCUAGCCCGAACCAUGAUAAACAGCCCCAGAACGUUAUUCCUCCUCUACCAAACUUUACAGUUGGCACUAUGCAUUCAGGCAGGUAGCGUUCUCCUGGCAUCCACCAAACCCAGAUUAGUCCGUCGGACUGACAGAUGGUGAAGCGUGAUUAAUCACUCCAGAGAACACGUUUCCACUGCUCCAGAGUCCAAUGGCGGCGAGCUUUACACCACUCCAGCCGACGCUUGGCAUUGCGGAUGGUGAUCUUAGGCUUGUGUGCGGCUGCUCGACCAUAGAAACCCAUUUCAUUAAGCUCCCGACGAACAAUCCUUGUGCUGACGUUGCUUCCAGAGGCAGUUUGAAACUCGGUAGUGAGUGUUGUAACCGAGGACAGACGUUUUUUAUGCGCUAUGCACUUCAGCACUUGGUUGUCCCAUUCUGUGAGCUUGUGUGGCCUACCACCUUGCGACUGAGUCAUUGUUGCUCCUAGACAUUUCCACUUCACAAUAACAGCACUUAGAGUUGACAGGGGCAGCUCUAGCAGGGCAGAAAUUUGACGAACUGACUUGUUGGAAAGGUGGCAUCCUAUGACGGUGCCACGUUGAAAGUCACUGAGCUCUUCAGUAAUGCCAUUCUACUGCCAAUGUUUGUAUGGCUGUGUGCUCGAUUUUAUACACCUGUCAGCAGCGGGUGUAUAUAUAGUGUAGGUAGGGUUAAAGUGACUAGGCGACAGAUUAGAUAAUAAACAGUAGCAGCAGCGUAUGUGAUGAGUCAAAUAGGUUAGUGCAAAAAGGGUAAAUGCAGAUAGUCUGGGUAGCUAUUUGGUUAACUAAUUAGGAGUCUUAUGGCUUGGGGUAGAAGCUGUUCAGGGUCCUGUUGGUUCCAGACUUGGUACAUCGAUACCACUUGCCAUGUGGAAGCAGAGAGAACAGUCUAUGACUUGGGUGGCUGGAGCCUUUGACAAUUUUUAGGACUUUUCUCUGACAUACUAGAUAUUCAUAGUCGAAGCGCCAUUUUGAAUUCUUCGAAUGGCUGUAUAGUGCGUUUUUUAACCAUUUUAUAUUUUUAAAGAUAAAAUUGGCUGCCUCUCUGUAGCGCCUUGCGGUUGGAUGCCAAGCAGUUGCCAUACCAAGCGCUGAUGCAGCCAAUCAAGAUGCUCUCAAUGGCAAGGGAGAGCCUUGUAUGGGUUUAUGUGUGUGGAGUAAAGGUGAUCUAGAGCUACAACUCGUUGAGUGCAGUCUUAGUGCCAGCAUCGGUUUGUGGUGGUAAAUAGACAGCUACGAAAAAUAUAGAUGAAAACUCUCUUGGUAAAUAAUAUGGUCUACAGCUUAUUAUGAGGUAUUCUAACUCAGGGAUCGCACACUAGCUGUAGUUAACAAAGAGACACACCCCUACCCCUUCGUUUUACCCGAGGCUGCCGUCCGGUCUAGACGAUGCAUGGAAACAUCUCCGAGAAACAUAAGGCGCGUUCACACAGCACCUUAGCCCAGGGCUAAGAGCCUCCUUAGGCUAAGGGAGAUUUUAGCCCGGGGCUAAGAGCCUCCUUAGGCUAAGGGAGAUUUUAGCCCGGGGCUAAGAGCCUCCUUAGGCUAAGGGAGAUUUUAGCCCGGGACUAAGAGCCUCCUUAGGCUAAGGGAGAUUUUAGCCCGGGGCUAAACGAGUGUUCACACCUGCACAUUCUAAAGUGGGCAAGCAACAACCUUAGCCCAGGGUUAGCUGGCUCUGCUCCGGAGCAGGGUUAGCACCGACUUUUCGGGGUUAGCCCCAGAAACACGGUGCCAAAAUAGCCAGUGUGAAACGGAGUCAAGAAUAACGCCUAGAAUGCUCACUCUCAAAUCACAAAAGCGCCACUUUCAAUUCAUUUACAUGCUUGUGAUGCCUGUAAUGUGUUCUACACGUUAUUUUGAGAAGUAAAUUCAUACUAUUUAAUCCUUCCAUCUGAGGACAAAAAACUAAAUACAGUACUUUCAUCCACACAAAAACAUUGGUUGCUAUGCCUAACAAAAAUGGUUGCUAUGCAGGCUGGGUAAGUCUUCAGCAACGGGUGUGGCUGAAAUAGCCGAAUCCACUAAAUUGAAGGAGUGUCCACAUACUUUUGUAUAUAUAGUGUAGCUUGCUGGGACACCUAUGGUACAGGGCCAUGGUAUACACAUAGAAGAAAACUUUGAAGAAAUGAUGGUGGAAAGAAUGAAAAGGCUUCACUGCAUGGCAAACCCCUGCUGACAGUAAACAUCAUCAGUAUUGUGUGUUUUUACGAUGAUGAGCGCACAGCUCCUGUCAUUAGGUUAAUGGAGACAAGCCUGCAGGUGUCAACUGUUUCCCACAACUCAUCCAUUCCAUUCAGGAUCAAUUUGCACAUAUAGGCGGCAAUGUGUAGAGCAUCUUAUCUCCACCCCCGCCCCCCGUCUGUCUCUCUCUCGACUGUUCCGACAUUAUUGACUAGGCACAAGUGGAAAGUCGAUCGGGUUAAUUGAUUAGUUUGUUUGUGUGCGUCAAUGUUUAAUUGAUGGAGGAAAGGUUGACAUUGGAAAGACCAGUAGUUUCUGUCUUCUUCUUUUCCUCCCAGUUAAAUUCAAACUGAUGGGCUUCUAUACAGUCAAAACAUACUUUACUGAUCGUUACAAGCUUAUGAACUUUAUGGUCAGGAAUGUUACACAUUUGCAGCCAGCAGUGGCUUUCUAGAUGGAUGCAGCAGGUGGCUGGCUGUUCAUUAAUGAUGAUGAGCAUCUGGCCUCUGAGAUGCAUGCUGUGGAUGUUGCUGUACUCUUGUGGCGGGAAUAUGAAUUACAGCCUUUGAAAGUCAGUCUGUAUUUGUUCUAAUGAUUAUGUAACCUAAGUAACCUUGCAAAUUACAUUUCAUGUCUUCCAGUUGGCUCUAUAUUUGUGGCUGAUUUAUAUUCCAACUAAGCAUUUCAGAUAUAUUUGCAUAUUUGGGAGGUAGUCCUAGAAAACAAAGGAGUUGAUUCAUGCAAUAGAAACAUCUCACCAUUUAUUUAAUUAUGAUCUGUAUCUAAAUACAAACAUUAUUGAAACUGUCUGAUGUACAUUUUCACAGUGUCAAACACAUAUCUAAUGGUGUAUCAUAUUGGUAGAAUGAGAUAAACGAAGAGAAUGAGAAGAGAUCUGUUAAUUGAAGCCCAAACCCAAUUUUAGACCCAUCCAACACCUAUGCCUAUAGAAUCAUCAAGUGCGUCGGUGUAGGGGCUAGGGGUCUAUCUGGGAUUGGGUGUGACUGUCCUCUCCCCCCUCUCUGUGUCCCUCCCCAGGAGAAGCAGGAGGAGUUGGAGGAGCUGAACAAAGAGUUGAGGCAGUGUAACCUGCAGCAGUUCAUCCAGCAGGCAGGAGUCCUGCCGACACACACACACUCACGCACAGACCUCAGCGACCAGCUGGACCAGCUUGAACUGGCUCAUCUGCUACAGGAAAGAUACAGGAACGGAGGUACCGAGAUACACACACACACACACACACACACACACACACUCAGAUGAUUGCUCCUCCUUAACCUCCAUCUCUCUCUCCACAGGCCUGGGCCUGCUCUCCUCAGAGUCGCCUCCCCGGCCCACAGCCAAGCAGUUCCUGGGACACCCCCGCAACCUGCAGAACCCGCUGGUGUCCAGCCUCAACCCAGAGGGUGUGUAUGUGUGACACUACCUGCCGCUACCCCGCCCUGUCCCACUCCGGCCUGCCCCCCUGCCCCUGCCUCAGCUUGACUUUUUGGGCCAUGCCUUGCGACCACACUCCUCUGUUCUGGUACUAAGGGUAGAGGUCCCUGCAUGGAGCCCCCAACCCCCUCCCACCCCCCCCCAAGGUUUCCCUUCACCUUUUGCUGUCCUCUGACUGCCCCUUAUGGCUCUAAUGCUAUUUGCUUAUCUGAUCAUUCUGGUUCUGUUAUAUUGGUCCGUCUACAAUUAUGCUUUUCAACUCUGCUUUGCUAACAUCUUAUGCACAUAUGCACAUCUCCCCUCCCUCUUCUCUCUGUUUCUUUCCACCCACUCCCUUUUUCCCUUACUUUAUGUCUCUCUCUCGACCCCCACUCUUUCUGUUAGUCUCUCUCUCUCUCUCCCCCCCCCCCCCCCCCCCCCUGUGUUGUGGACUAACAGUAGCUCUGACUCCUACUGCUGCAGCUGUACUGUAACACCCAGGCGGGUGAUACAGCUGUGAGUUAUUUCUGAGUCCCCCCCUCCUCUCUCUCUCCCUCCAGUCAGUCCAAUGACGCAGGGCGUCUUUCCACCCUCAGAACAACAGGCCUGUUCUCCACAAACAGCUGUGUCUCAACAGAAACACACUGUUACGCUGUCACCACUCUAUUUCUGUAUAAAAGAGUGGGCCUCAUUUAAGUGCAGAAAUGUUAUUGGGGAAAAAAUACAGAUUUGUGCUGCUUACAAUUGAUAAAUGAGGCUCAAUGACUGACCAUUCUGACUGUAGUGUAAAAUACAAUUGUGUUUGGUUAUUGUGUCAGAGAGCCUUUUUCUGUCUCUGUUUGGGGGAUUACUUCCAUAUUGCCUUGUAUGUUGGUGACCUUUGACUUCCAAAGAGAAAGAGAGAGCCUGACCUUAGAGCGCUGUAAGGUGAAUUGCACAGUCCCUUCUCUCCCCUGUCUGAAUAUUUCAAACAUGCAUCCUUCAAGUUAUUUCGGAUGUUCUGAUAUUUCAGAUUAGUCAUUACUUCUAAGGACAGAGAAUGGAACAAUGCAUUUCAGAAGUAUUGAAACAUGGCCAUGGCCUAGUAUGUGUGAUGUUGGGUUUGUUCCUAACUGGGUUUCUGCAGUGUGUGUGUUUGUCUGCUCUCUCCUUCCUCCCUCCUGGUUGCUGAGGGUAUUUGGGCGGUUUCUCUGGCUUUAAUGGGGAAAUAGAGGUAGCAUGCUUGAGGUAGAAGUUGCCCCUCACCACAGAUCUAGGAUCAGAUGCCCCUAACCCAAUCCAUUGGGUGGUUAAAUAAGAACUGACCCUGAAUGAGUGGUUAGGGCCAACUUCUACCCACUCCCAGGGCAUGAUUUACCAUCUAUAUCUACCAAGCUCUCCCUUCACCUUAACAAGAAAAGUGUUUUCAAGAAAAGUGUUUUCAAACCAAAUGAAGGGAGACAUCAUCCCAACUUAUUUUUGUGUGUCUUGCAGUCGUGACAUCCAGAGAGUCGUCAUGGAGAUAAAACAAGGAACGGCAGGGCCAAGGAGUUGUUCACUGUUCACUUAAUGUCACCACCACAUAUUCUAUUUAACCCGUCUGUCUUUAUACCUACUGUAUGUCUUUAUUAUUAUCAUCCAGAUUACCACAUAUACUAUAUACAUACUGUAUAUACUAGCUACAUAAAUAUAUUUACAGCAUUUUGCUACUGUACACUGCAAAGUACCUAUGUAUGAAAUGUAAAAUUAUUUAGGAAAACCUUUACCUAGAGAAUUAUUACAUUGUCUGUGUAUUUAAAUAUAAUAAAAGAUUGUGCACUGUGUGUUAGAUACACUUUGUUGUUGUGUUUUGAUUGAAUGAAACCAUUAAAUCCUCCCCAUGACCACAUCAUAUUUGCAUAAUAUAUACUUGCAUAUACAGGCCUGGUUUAGUGAUGCAAUAGGAUAUGGCAAGGAUGGACCG